CGGCGUCCCCUCCCCUCAUGAGGGCAGCGCCGCCGCCAUUACCUGCAGCUCGGCCCUCUCUGCUUCCCAGCGCCCUUUCUCCGCCUCGAACCGCGCCCACUCGUGCUGGAUGAAGUGCAGGAUGCCCGGCAGGCUGAGGCCGCGCCACCGCGUGGUCACCGCUGGUAUUGCACCCACCAAAGAACCGAACGCAGCGCCGCCUCCAAAUUAACGAAUUACCACCCAAUCCACUAAUUAACAACCUAAUUAAUGCGUUAUUCACCCCCACCAUGAGAAUCACCCCCUGCCAGGCCGCCCUGGCCGCCGCCAUCGCCCUCAACCUCCUGCUGCUCCUCUGCUCCCGCCUGGCGCCCCGCGCGUCCCCCAGUGCCACCACCCCCGGCGCGGCGCCGCCCCCGACGGCGUCCCCGGCGUCACCGUCAUCCUCCGCGACUUCGACGGCCCCGACCACGACGUGGCCGCCACCGCCCGCUCCUUCGCCGCCCUGCCCGGCGUCACCGUGCUGGUGGCGGCCGAGGUGUCCCCACCCGCCGGUGCCGCUCCCGGCCGGUGUCACCGUGCUGUCCCUGCGGCCGCAGCCCCACCGGCCACCCCCGCGGCCGGAGCUGGCCGUGCGGACGCGCCACGUGGCUUUGGUGCCCGACGGUGCCCGCGCCGUGCCCGGCUUGCUGAGGCGCAUGAGGGACGCUCUGGAAGCCACCUCAGAUGCCGCCAUCAAGGUGGUGGCGGCGGCCGUGGGGACGCGGCGGCCGCGGUGUUUGAGCUUGGAGGUGGACGUCAAAGCGUGGACGGCGCGCUACGGCCACGCUGAGCAGAAUGACCAGAAGGGUGACCAGAAGGGUGACCAGCAUGGCGGCCAUCACGGUGACCGCUGUGGAGCUCUGGACGGCGCCCCCGCCGUUCUCCUCCUCCGCACCCGCGACCUCUUCUCGCUGCCCUUCCCUCUGAGCCGCCCCGUGCUCCCCUCGCUGUCCCUCCAAGCCGCCGCUCGGGGUUGGCGCCUCCUCCUCCUCCCCUCCGCCUUCCCCUCACCCCCGCGGCCGCCUCUGUCCCCUCACGCCCUCUGGAGAGCCCAGAGCGCUUCGGACUCGCGGCGCCGGGCGCUGCUGGAGGAUUUCGGGGUGAAGCUGGAGGUGCUGCCCGACGGCUCGCGGCGCUGGCACGGCUGUGCCAAGGACACGCCGCGCUGCUUUGGCACCGUGCGUGGGCAAACCCCCGAGUACCUGCUGGCCGGGCGCUGGACGCCGCCGUGCUGCCUGCGGGCGCUCCGUGCCACCGCCCGCCACGUGCUGGCACAGCUGGAAGCUUCUGGCGUCCGCCACUGGCUGGAGGGUGGCACCUUGCUGGGCGCCGUGCGCCUCGGCGACAUCAUCCCCUGGGACUACGACGUGGACGUGGGGCUGUACCGGGAGGACGUGCCCAAGUGCCGCUGGCUGGCACAGGUGGUGGCAUCGGGGGCGCCCGUGGAGGAUCCCGAGGGGUUCCUGUGGGAGAAGGCGGCCGAGGGGGAAUUUUUCCGGGUGCAUUUCAGCCGUGCCAACCGGCUGCACGUGGACCUGUGGCCGUUCUAUGCCCGGCCCGGCACGGGCACCAUGACCAAGGACACGUGGCUGGGCCACCGGCAGGACGUGGAGUUCCCCGAGCGCUUCCUGGUGCCCCUGGGCACGGUGCCCUUCGCCGGCGUGUUGGCAUCGGCGCCCAACGAGCCCCGCGCCUUCCUGGAGCUCAAAUUCGGGCCCGGCGCCAUCGAGAACCCCGAGUACCCCAACCCCGAGCUCAGGAGGUUGGCACAGGACGUGGGCAAUAAAACUGAGCGGUGACACUGG